UGUAUAACAAAGAGUGAAACAGAAAAUACUCAGAAACUGACAAUACGGCACAUGAAAAUUAAGAUAAUAACAAGCAAACAAUUUAGAGAGACAUAAGAAGAGAACUGAACAAGAUGCACCAACCAUAUCAUGGAGCAAGCGACUCAAUUUCUCAACCUAUUAAAAGUGAAUACAAUUUUCAUCACGGAAUUACAAAAACCUCCACAAAUCCUGUCUGGGUUUAAGUAUUUAUCUCAGUCUCUGUAACAUCUGCUGCCAAGUUCUAAUCGAAGCAUUAGAACGUAGGCUUCACUGCCAGCCCCAUCUGAUUUUUAAGUCAAAGGACUCCAAAAGUCUGUCCGUCUCCUUUUUCUUCUCAUUCUCUCUAGUUGUCUCCUAAGAAGCACGGACACGUUACCGGCCUCACGUAUCCGUGUCCGACACAUGUUGAACACGGACAUGACAAGUUUCUCCCGGACAAUUGUUGGACACGCCUAAAUACAUGUCUAAUUUUUUACUACAUUUUUUGCCCGUACACGUUUGUGCACUUUAGGGACACUCUUGGAACGCGUUAAGGAUAGUAGGGAUACACCUUUAAAACUUGUCCCAGAGUCAAAAUUCUAUGGAUAUUUAGUUCGUGAACACUUAAGUCAUAGUUGAUAUGUAUGUUAAUAACAAUAAUACUAUUAGAGGUACUAUUAGGGUAGUGAUAAUACCAAAACUGUUUUUGUUAGUGCCAAAAUUCUAGUGCAUUAAAGCCUUGUACCAUGUGCAUGGUACAAUACUUUUGUGCACUAAAUUUUGGCACCAACAAAAAUAGUUUUGGCAUUAUCGUUUCCCUUUGAAAGAACUAAUAUUUUUCAUCUUCAAUAGGAAUUCGUAGGGUAAAUAUAUAAUUCAUAGACAUACACCCUUUGUUCCAUACUGCUUGUCCUGUACGAAAAACUCAACCUUUUAAGGGGACAAGGGGACCAUGCAAUUCAUGCAUGUCUCCUUAGAAAUUCGUAAUUCCCAUCAUUAACCCUUGUUCAAUUCAUUAAAACGACUUAUAAUCAUUUCUGAGGGUUAGUUUGUAGAAAUUUACAAACUUUCUCCUUAGAUUUUUCAAAGUGGACAAGCGUUUUGGGACAUCUCAAAAUAGAAUACUUGACAAGCAAUAGGGGACGGAUCGAGUAUAUUUUACUCAACAUGUCCAAAAUGUCUAGUGUCCUAAAUUUUGAAGGAAUGACAUGACUACAUAUAUGUCUCGUGCCCGUGACCCCAUGUCCCAGUGAUUAAAAAAUCGCGCCUAGGCGAGGCGAGCGACGAGGCGAGGCUGGGUUGCCUCGCGGUUGUGAGGCAAGGUGAGAAUGGCUGAGGUGACCGCCUAGUCAGUAAAGUGGCGCCUAGGCGCGAGGCGUGAGGCGAAGGAGAAAGGGGGCCUAGGCGUCGUCCAGGUCACAAAGGAAAUAUAAGGGCAAAAUAAGACUUAACACACAAACACACCUGAUCGAUCGAAGCUGCCUCACUCCUGGGUGAUCCGAAGCCCUCUCUCGGUCUCUCCUCUGUGAUCGACCUCAACAUCGAAGACCUCUCUCUCAACUCUCCUCUCGAUCGUCGACGACUCCGGUAAGUUCUCUACUCUCGAUCUCUCUAUUCUCUGCUCUCUGUCUCUCUCGACUGAUGCUCUGCUUUCUCUCUCUUUCUCUCUUCUGAUCUCUCUCUCUCGUCUCUGCUGAUCUCUCUCUCUCUCUCUUCUGAUGAUCUCUCUCUCUCUUUCUCUCUUCUGAUCUCUCUCUCUCUCUCGUCUCUGCUUUCUCUCUGUCUUGAACUGCAUGUGCAGCUCUUUCUCUCUUCUGAUCUCUCUCUCUCGUCUCUGCUGUCUCUCUCUCUUGAACUGCAUGUGCAGCUGUCUACUUGUCAAUCUGCAGGGAGUGCACUGGGAAGUUUUUUAGGAGUAUUUGUGUUGUAUAUGUUUACUUUACUGGACUUUAUAGUCAGUUAGUGGGUGUAUUAUAUUCUCUCAAUUAGUGGGUGUAUAUAUAUUAUAUAUAGAAUCAUAGAUAUUGUUUACUGGACUGCAUUUUGUAAAUUUUGUGAAUUAUGUUUUAUGUCCUUUGUUUGUAUAGAUAUUGUAGAUGUCGAAUAGAACGGAUCCUGCUUGGAAGUAUUCAAAGAGACAUGAAGAUAAUAAGUUCAAAUUCACAUGUAAUUUUUGUAACAAAGUGGUUACUAGGAGUGUUUACCGAGUGAAGCAACAUCUUGCUGGAGGAUACCCUGAUGUGAAUUCAUGUCCUAAUUUCCCAGAACCAGUUAAAGAGGAGAUUAGGGCAUUUAUCUAUAAGAAAAAGGAGACGGCAUCUAUCAUAACUCCACAUCCAGAUUUUGAUGAAAUGGGCAAUGAGGAGGACAUUGAUGAGGAUGAGUUUUAUGUACAAUCAAAGCCCCCUCCUAAGAGGCCUGCUGCCACUGCUACCUCUGGCUCCAAGUUCCAACUUAAGAAGCCCAAGACCAAAUGGCCUAUGGAUACUUACUUCACCCCUGACCCAGAGAUCGAGGUAGAGAAUAGGAGAAGUGGUAAACAACCUAAAGUUGACGAUAAUACGCCGCAAAAGAAGUUAUUGAAAGAGCGGGCUCAUCAAGCUAUUGCGAGAUGGAUUUACGAUGCUGGAAUACCCCUCAAUGUUGUCAAUGCGGAGUCCUUUGAACUGAUGAUUGAGGCUAUUGGGUAAUAUGGCCCUAGUUUAACACCGCCGACUUAUUAUCAAGUGCGUGUCCCUCUUCUUAAAAAAGAGGUGGAAAAUGUGAACAAACAAAUGGAGGACCACAAGAAGGAGAGAGAGGAAAAUGGAUGCAAUCUUAUGUGUGAUGGAUGGACGGAUCGAAAGAAUAGGUCAUUGAUAAAUUUUUUGGUUAAUUGUCCUAAAGGUAGCAUGUUUAUUGAAUCGGUUGAUGCAUCGAGUCGUGCCACAACCGGGGACAGCAUGUAUAGGUUGCUUGAUGAGUAUGUGGAGCGAAUCGGAGAAGCUCAAGUGGUCCAAGUUGUCACGGAUGGUGCCGCAUACAAUAAGAUGGUAGGGAAGUUGUUAAUGGCAAAAAGACCACAUUUGUAUUGGACUCCAUGUGCUGCCCAUUGUUUGGAUUUAAUGUUAGAAGACAUUUUCAAGCUGCCAUAUUUGAAGAGGACAUGGGAAAGGGCGAUCAAGGUACAUGGUUAUAUCUAUAACCGUCCGACAUUGUUGAACAUGAUGAGACACUUUACCCAAAGAAAAGAAUUGAUUAAGCCAGCAAAGACUCGUUUUGCAACAGCUUGUUUGACUUUACAAAGGGUUCAUCAACAAAAGAAUAACCUAAGAAAGAUGUUCACAUCAGAGGCUUGGAGUAAGAGCAAGUGGGCAAAGGAGGCGGAUGGUAAAAAGGUAGCAGAAAUAAUGUUGUCGCCGUCAUUUUGGAACAAUGUCUCGUUGGCCCUAAGAUUUGCAUGUCCUCUUGUUAAAGUACUUCAUUUGGUAGAUGGUGAAGAAAAACCCGCAAUGGGAUACAUCUAUGAGGCCAUGGAUAGGGCCAAAGAAACUAUUAUAAACACGUUUGGCGGAGAUGAAGACAAGUAUAAAACUGUGUUUGAAAUCAUUGAUACGAGGUGGG